GAGGCCAUGAUGAUCAUGAUGAUGACGACAGUGACACUGCUGAGGUAGGAGCUGAGACUUGUAUAACUUUUAUCAAGCUUUGCCCUGACAAAAAACCAAGGUAUUUUGUAUUAAUUAUAUGUCAUAUUCCUCCUGGAAGUCCUGGCCAUCUGCAAAUAAAAUUUGCAGCUCUAUGUUCAAAAUACAACUAUUUUUGACUGCUUUGACAGUAAAAACAUUGUAAAAUUUAGGGUCUAUCUAUUUUAUAAGUUCGAGCUGGUGAAAUCGGGUUAUGAGUUCCAGUUCAGAAAUCGAGUUAACAAUUUGGUCAGCAAAAAUGCAAAAUAUCGUGCUCUAAUAUAUCCUUUUAAUCCUUUAUGCAUUAAUUUAUUUCAAAUUAACUACAUGAGGUUUAUCAGCUGUUGCAGUUUUUGCGUUCUAUUGAUUAAAGAUGAUGGUAAAAUUCCUUAAUAAUCGAUAUAUAAUUACUUAAUAAUGGAUAUGGGGAAGAGGACGGCCCAGGCCCCGCUUGGUUACAUCCAGGUGAGUAAACGGAGAUGCGGGAUGAAAAUCAUGCAUAAGCGGGAUGAAGAAAUUCAUAUAAACUCCCAGCCCGCUUAUACUGGAAUGGAAUCAAGAAUCUGAUAAGAAAUUUUCAUUCACCACGCCAUUCAUCAAAACAAAUGCUUGCCAUAUAACAAAAGCAACGUGUUGAUUAGUUGUAAAAAAUAUUGCGCAUACUUGCUGCUUUCAUGUGAAAACUGAAUGGAAAGAAAUAACUAAAAUCUGAAGACAAAUAUAAACUAUGCAUACUCGUAAAAUAGUGUAUUAUAUUUUUUGCAGGCCAAGGUGAAACGAGAAUGCCCACUCUGUGGAGAAAAAAAAAGCAACAUGGUGAGCCACUUGAAGAAGUUCAUCGUGAAGAUUUUAGUUUACGUAAGCACCCAAAUUUGGAACUUAUUCAAUUCGCCUGUACAUGUAAAAUACGAGAAUCGAUUUGAAGAACUAGAUGAUCCUGGCGCAGAGUUUGUUGAACUCCGAGAUUAUUUGAUGACAAUGUUAUUGGUACAGAAUGCUCAACGACCUGGUGCCGUUUGCAAUUUGACCGUUGACGAGUUUCACGCUGGAGAAUGGGAUGAUAGCACAGGGGUUAAACAGUUUGUCACUUUAACAAAGCGCCAUAAGACUGCAUGCAGGUACGGUGAAUUUUGUGAAAUAUGAAUGAUUUUUUUUUUUAUUCUGCAUACAGAAAAUCAAGUUUUAAAGUACUAUUUUAUACGAAAUGGUACAUGUAUGCAUACUUGAAGAUGUGCAGAGUGUUAAUGUGAUAGCCCAGUUCUCUUUCAACUUUAUAAUACAAAAUCUAUUUUUGACAAUCUCUUUUAGGUACAGGACCAGCAAGCCUAUCCUGGGAUAAUCGUACCUACAAAUGUGCUCGGAUUUACUUAGAGAAGCUCCGACCAACCGUAGCCAAUCACCAUUCCUUUUUACAGCGAAAGAACAAGAAGGAGAAGGAGCCACUUUUCUUUUUGACAACAAAUGGAAAUCCUAUAUCCCUUCGUCCCAAAUUUCCAACAGAAUCACGAAAGUUGCAAAAUUACUGGAUCCAUCUAUUCAGGGGUUACUGGGAAGCGAAUCAGGAAAUCAGCAGUGUCUCGUCAUCGGCAGCUUGCUGAUUCUGGCGGUUCGAGUGGACCAUCAAAAGACGAGCUUGCUCGACAGAUGUCACACUCAACUUUAACAGCAGAAGGACACUACGCCAUGAGGGAUACUGUUAAAGGUAUAAGAUGUUGGCUUGCUGCGGCUCUCCCCUUCGAAAUAAUUGGCUGUCAAGCCUUAUAGUUAAAUAGUCCCUUCAUUUCAAUGGAACAUGCAGUAAAAAUUAUGGGACCAUUUGAUUUUUCGCAUAGUAAAAUAACCACGAUUCAAACUAUUGUGGUAAUUCAACUGAUGUUCUUACGCUCUUGCUGCUUGCACUUAAUUCUCAAAUAUUUACUGUACUUAUCAACACAUUUUCUCGUGUUCAGGUCGCGCCAAAGCAUCAAAUUUUCUUCGUCACAUUGCUCCAACAACUCCCCAAAAAGGUAAGACUUAAUUGUUUUAGAACCAAAUCACUUCAUCGUGCUGAAUUUUGGAACAAUAAAAUGAUACUAAGCUGCGCUGCUAGCUUCUACCCGAAUUUGAAAUUCAUAACUAUUAAAAUGAUACAAAAUGAUUUAGUUCCUUUUUUGUGAUUGCAGGGUCCCCAAAGAGUAGAAAAACACAAGGAUCAUGGAAGUAUGUUGAGAGAAGAAGAGUAUCUCCAGAAAAAUCUCUUGGGCGUGGUAUCAGAAAAC